UUAAACGAUUAGCUCAUCACUAACGGAAUGUUAUGUUGUAAACACAAUGUAAACACUUUCAAAACAAAAUGUAGAUCGUCUUCGACCAGUUCAAAAGAUUGUUGCUAUCAUGGAUGUGAAUUGGAUCGACGACGACGACGACCUGGUGGCGGCCUUGGCGAUGCACGAAGAGCAGAAGACCGAGGAAGCGGAUGGAACAGAGGGGCACCCACAGCCGGAACUUUCCGACGAAGCAUGUGAGGGCUUCGAUAUGGCCGCUGGACACAACUGGAUAUAUCCAAACAACCUGCCCCUGCGAUCCUAUCAACAAACCAUCGUCCAGUCGGCGCUGUUUAAAAACACCCUGGUGGUGCUUCCCACGGGAUUGGGAAAGACCUUCAUUGCGGCUGUGCUGAUGUACAACUUCUACAGGUGGUAUCCAAAGGGAAAGAUCGUGUUCAUGGCACCCACAAGGCCAUUGGUCUCGCAGCAGAUCCACGCAUCCCAGAAGAUUAUGCCUUUCCCAUCCGCAGAUACGGUGCAACUGACAGGCCAACUUCCUCGACCCAAAAGAGCUGAGCUGUGGGACUCUAAACGGGUCUUCUUUGCCACGCCGCAGGUGGUGCACUCAGACAUGUUGACAGCUGAUGGCGGAUCCAACUUUCCCUUUGGGUCCAUCAAGUUGAUAGUGGUGGAUGAGGCGCACCGGGCCAAAGGUCGCUAUGCCUACACCCAAGUGACCGACUGCCUGAUGGCGCGUAACAGGAACUUCCGAAUACUGGCUCUGUCCGCUACACCGGGAAGAACUAUGGAAGAUGUGGCAGCUGUGUGCCAAAAUCUAUACAUAUCCAAUCUGCAAGUGCGCUGGGACACUUCGAUCGACGUGCAGCCCUACAUACACAGGAGGACUAUUCGAACCAUAGUGGUCUCCUUGAAGGAGAGAAUCAAGGAGCCGAGAGAACGAUUGCUGCAGAUCAUCGAACCAUACCUACGUCAGCUUAUAGAAUAUGACAUUUUUAAGGGCAACAAGGGGAACGUGAGCAAAAACAGUUUGCUCUUUGAGCAGAAAAGCUUUAUCGAACGAUCGGCGCAAGGCCAGCGGCAUCCGGAUCACAAUAUAAUAACGGGCAACUUUGCCAUGUGCAUCAGCAUGUACCACUCGCUGGAACUAAUGGAGCGGCACGGUCUGCGCGUUUUCGUCAACAAUUUUGAUGCAGCCGAGAAUGGACGAGAGAAAUUUGUACUGGCCAGAGAUGGAGAUCUAAGGAAUUUAGUGGAGCAGGUGCGCCAAGAACUCGGCGCCAACCCCCUAGAUUACACCACUCAUGCCAUGACGAAUGGAGAAGUGCCGCCUGUGCCAUCUGAUCUAGACUUUGGACAUGCCAAAUACGAAAAGUUGCGCCAGGUUUUGGUCCAACACUUUCAGGCAAACGCCGAUUCCCGCGCCAUUGUGUUCUGCGAGUACCGUGAGUCCGUGAUGCUGAUUCACCGUCUACUCCUUCAACACAGGCCGCUGCUCAGACCGCGCUGCUUUGUUGGCCAGGGCAGCACAGUUGGAGCAAGCUACGCUCUCACCCAGAAACAGCAGCUGCAGAUAAUGGCCGACUUUCGAUCCGGCACUAGCAACGUUCUGGUGGCCACGUCGAUCGGAGAGGAGGGGAUAGACGUGGGCGAGGUGGAGAUGAUUGUGUGCUUCGACAUUUGUAGCUCUAAUCCCACUAGAUUCGUUCAGCGGAUUGGGCGGACUGGAAGGAAGAAGAAUGGAGAGGUGGUUAUGCUAGUGACCGAGGGACGAGAACAGCAGGUGCUUAAGGAUGUUCUGGCCAACAAGGAUCAGAUUAACAAGAAGCUAUUGAAUUCAUCUGUUGUCAAACUGUCGCUUUAUGAACAAAAUCCUCGAAUGGUGCCAUCACAAUUUCAACCGAAAUGCGAAGAGAAGCACAUGGAGCCAGUCGUUGAGGAGAACCCCAAGCCAAAGUCAUUAGCCAAGAUUAAAGAAGUCCGGAAGCGGAAGCAACCAAUUGCAAAGUCUGGUAGCCUACACAAAUAUAUAAAAGCAAGCGCUCCAACGGAAAGUCAACACGGAAUAUUGCAGGGAAUAAAGCCGUACCAAAUAAGCGAAGCGUCCCAGCAGUUGGUUAUGCAGCAAGUCCUACGGCGCAGCGUAAAUCUGAAGAAUUUCUUUGGGGAGUCUCAAGCCAGCUCGACAUUAACCAGCAGUCAGGAAGAUGUGCAACGCCUCCGAAAACUCACUCGCCUUCUGCAGUCCAACAAACCAUUGGUUUCGGACUCCCAGGAUCUUAUAAGUCAUCUGCAGGACGAUCACUUACCCAGGCAAAUAAAGCUCUACUUACUAAAAAAUAAUCCCGAAUUCGUGAGGGAAACACAUUCAAAGAUGCAAGUCCAGAGCGAGUUGAAUAUAGCUGAUGAUCGCCUAAAUAGUCGACAAAGACGUACUAGAAAUAAUUAUCAACUGCUCCUGGACAUUUGCGACGGAAUGGACCAAAUGACGGAGCUUCUCCAAGAGGAUGAUAGUGGAGCUGAGAUUAGCUUCAGAUAUGAAAAGAAUCCUAUUUAUAGUCCGAAAAAGUUCGAUACGAUUUGUGAAAAGAUUUUCGAAGGUCUGAAUGAGCAAGGCCUGAACUCGGACAAUUUUGAACUGAAGCAAGAUCUUUUGGAAAAACUUGAGGUUCGAAAUCUGGAUGCCACAGUAAACGAGCAACUGGGUGGCGUUGAAGCUUCCUGGUCAGAAGAGGAGUGGCAGCAGCAGGAUGCAGACGUGAAAUGCGAGUCCAUGUACCUAAGCCAGCAAUUGAACUUAUCAGCCGCGGAUGUUGCCCCCCAUAGCUCCACGCCGCUGAGGGUUAAACCCUUGAGCAGAUUAAAGUUUGAAACACUGCAGGGCGAGUUUGAAGAGGAGUAUCAUUCCGGGAUGGAAGCCAGCGAAUUAGGGGACAACUUGGGUCGCUUAAAUUCCCUGAUGAGCGCUAGUGAAUCGAUUUUAAAGAUUAAAGCGACUGAAAGAUCUACACUCAUUCCUAUCGAAGAGUCUACAAUUGAGGCAAGUCACUUUCCUGCCGAAGAAGAAAGUCAAAGAUCAACUCCCAUUCCCAUUGCAGAAUCUUCAGGUGAAUCGAACCACUGUCCUGUUCAUGAAAGUAGUGAAAUAUAUCCAAUGAGCAUAGAAGAGACGAAAGUAGAAGUUAAGUGCUCUUCAAAUCUGAAAAUGCAGGCGGAAUCCGUUGUUGAUGAUUUGGAUAUCGACUUGGAUGCUUUUCUAGAGCCAAUGGACAAGGAACUGGAAUUAACCUCCCAGACAAAGAGGAAGACACAAGAAAACUUUGAAGAUCACCAGGCGGAGAAAUUAGAGAACAACAGCCAGCAGAAAGAAACAACAUACAAUGAUGCACUGGAUCUAACGGCCGAAGACUUGAAAGAAUUUCUAGAGCCGAUGGCAGAGGAAGUGGAGUUGAUAAGUCAACAAAAGAAGGAUAGCUUCAAAGAUUUUCUAGAGCCAAUGGCAGAGGAGUUAGAGCUAAUAGGCCAGCAGAAGAAAAAUAUACUGCUUCCAAGUGCAGAAACGAAUAAAAACUCAUGUACCGCGAUCUCACCUGAGAACGGCUCACGAACCGUUUCGCCAGAUAUCUUUGGGUCUGAAUCCAUGUCACCUUUGAAGCCACAAGGAAGAAGUCUGGCCGCCAAAUUGGCAGCCAAGACUGCAGCAAAGGCUUUGCCUGGCCCACCCCCGAAUUCAAUAGGUCUUAAUUCGCCGGAGAACCGAAAACGCACAAAUUCCUUGAUCCAGGAUAAGUCCCCAAGCAUCUUUGAUCUAUAUUUAAAUCGAAUGCGGGGACGUGGUCGUCUGGCUAAAGCUGCGGAAAAUCUGCACCGUAUAACUUCAACAAAUACUUCAGUCUCACUGGCUAAAGACGAAGAGGAUUCCCCUAUUGCGCGACGUCCAUCCAAACGCAAGAUUGUUAUAAGUUCCGAUGAGGAAGAGGAACCAAAGCCACAGGUUGCGGAAACCCAAGGGGAUUGCGAUUCCGAUGAAUACGAGCAAAUUCCCAACACGCAAAUGUCUGAUCCGCCUACGACUCCAACGAGACCUCGACACAAACGUAGUAAAUUCAAUUCUUUUAUUUUGGAUGAGGCUGAUAAAAGCGGAUCAGACCACGAUGAAGAAGGGGAAACUACCAUUGGCACAUAUCUGAAGGACUCUAUGAUCGCUUCAAGCGAUGAUGAGGACCAUAACGAUACAAACACUCAUGCUAUUUACCUUCGUGCAAUUAAGAGCCCCAUUCAAAGGCCAGGUGCCUUCAAGAUGCCCCCUCCACGAGUUUUUCGCGACGAGUCCCAUAUAUUUUCUCAGCCAGUGGAAGACGAUUCCUCGCAGUACAUGCAAUGCUCUUUCAUCGUUGAUGAUGAAAGCUCCACGAUUGAACAAGGGCAUGAUGUCUCCGAAUGCCCUCUUGAGAAAGCCGAACGCAUUCUAAAGGAGCGACGAAAGCAGCGUCGACUUGGAAAAGUGCCUCCUGCAGCGACUAAUAAACGACGACGAUUGCAAACCAUCAGCACUUCAAGCGACGAAGAUGAUGUGGUUUUAGUUGAUUAGGAGCGUCACCUCUUUCCAGUGCCAUUGCAUUAAAUUAUUUGUGAUUCGUUAAGAUAAUUCCUAUUUUAUUUCGUUUGAUGGAAAUGUUACUUUAAUCUUGUAAAUUUAUGUCAAUACGUGAUACAGAUCUUUAGAAGUCCAAUUGAUUGUUGUUACUUAGAGUUUUAACGUAAGGAAGGGCACUAAUCUAACUAGGUUAAUUUUUUUA